AUGGAACAGACAGAAGGGAGUCCCUCUGAGGACGGGACCACUGUCUCUCCAACUGCUGGGAAUCUUGGGCCGCCAGGAAGCACUACAGAGGAGGUGGCUGAAGGCACAGCUGGGACAAGUGUGCAAGAAGGGUCUCCAGGUGAGGCAGGACAGCAGUGUGAAGUCACAUCUGAGGGUGCGGUGUCAGGGCGGUGCCCAGAGGAUGGAAACGGAUCCAAUGAGCUCACAGCAGACGCUCAAGAGGAGGCCAGUGGGAAGGAGGGAGCCAAGGCUGAUCUUGCAGAGGAGGAGGGCGGGAAGGAAGAGACCACCACGACUUCUGAGGGAGAGACAACACCGGAACCCAGCGAGGUUAAAGGGAAAGAGGAGACCACGCUGACCUCGGAGGCGCAGAAAGCUGAUGAAAAGGAGGUCGAUCUGGACGCUAAGGACAAAUCGGAUGUGAAUGAUAAAGUCAAGCCUGAACCCAAGGAGGGUGUUGAGGCAGAGGCUACUGUUGAAAAGGCUGAGACGGAAUCUCAGCAGAAGGCUGUUGUAAAAGACCAGGCCAACGCUGAACUUGAGGCAGCUGAUGGGACAGAGACUGGAGGUGACGCAAAGGAGCUGCAGGAGCCAGGGAGUCCCACGGAAGAGCAGGAGCAGGGAAAGGAGAAAGAAUCAGAAGAGAGGGCAGCGGUGAUUCCCAGCUCCCCCGAGGAGUGGCCUGAGAGCCCCACAGACGAGGGACCCAGCCUCAGCCCAGAUGGCUUGGGUCCAGACUCCACAGCGUCUGGAGGGACCAGUCCUUCGGCCAGUGAGUCUUCGCCCAGUGAUGUGCCCCAGAGCCCCACGGAACCCCCACCCUCAGUGGAAAAGAAGGAGAGAGCACCAGAACGCAGGGUGUCGGCCCCUACUCGGCCCCGGGGACCCCGCGCACAGAAUCGCAAAGCCAUCGUGGACAAGUUCGGCGGGGCAGCCUCGGGCCCCACUGCACUGUUCCGGAACACAAAGGCAGCCGGGGCAGCCAUUGGUGGUGUUAAGAACAUGCUUUUGGAGUGGUGCCGGGCCAUGACGAGAAACUAUGAGCACGUGGACAUCCAGAAUUUCUCCUCCAGCUGGAGCAGCGGCAUGGCCUUCUGCGCCCUCAUCCACAAGUUUUUCCCAGACGCCUUCGACUAUGCAGAGCUGGACCCAGCAAAGCGGCGGCACAACUUCACGCUAGCCUUCUCCACUGCAGAGAAACUAGCCGACUGUGCCCAGCUGCUAGAAGUGGAAGACAUGGUGCGGCUGGCCGUGCCCGACUCCAAGUGUGUCUACACCUACAUCCAGGAGCUGUACCGUAGCCUCGUGCAGAAAGGGCUGGUGAAGACGAAAAAGAAAUGAAGGGCAAAGCCACGCAGGUGGAGGAAGCAGGGUGAGACAGCCGACAGCCAUAGCCUUCGGGUGCUUCACGCCGGUGGCACCAGUC